CUGCGUAGUGUACCGGAUGUUCUUUCAUUUUAGCUGAGAAACGAAAAUGGGCAUGCUAAUUGUUAGCCUCGUGAAAGAGUGUGAAAUUAUACACCAUAAUUGUGUUUUCUGAUCUUGAAGGAGCUAGUUAAGCGUUCAACCAAAAACGUUAAGUAAGUAUCUACGGUAUUUCCAGUUAAAUUACUUUGAAUCAAGGUAUUAACUCAAGGAAACGUAGCUAAGGAAAGCAGUUGAAGUAUUCAGACACAACACAGAAGUUGUUGGGAUCGUCCACUCCUAACACAGUGAUGACCUCACAGCAGCAUUCCCUCCCCAAUGCAAACGUCAACCCUCCCAUCCUCGUCCCCCAGAACUCAUUAGCUCACCAGGGUAGGCCUCACAUUCAUCCAAACCAGCUGGACUCUACUCAGAGUAGUGCUGCGGCGCACCCUGCCUCCCACACAGGUCUGAUGGGUGGUGUGGGUUCCUCGUCGGUGGGGACCUCCAGCGGAGUGGCAGUGAAUAGGGGCACGUUGGCCUCCUGCACUAACUCUGCCUCCUCAAGGACGCCCUCGUCAGGACGCUUUGAACCCUGGCCCGAGGAGGCCGUAGACAAUGCUUACGGCUUGUACUCACUGCACCGCAUGUUCGACAUAGUGGGAGCCCAGCUCACGCACCGCGACGUGCGAGUGCUCUCAUUCCUGUUCGUGGAUGUUAUUGACGAGUAUGAGCGCGGUGGCAUCAGGAGUGGCCGGGACUUCCUGCUAGCUCUGGAGCGCCAGGGGCGAUGUGAUGAGACCAACUUCAGACACGUCCUGCAGCUGCUUCGCAUCAUCACACGGCACGACCUGCUGCCCUACGUCACACUCAGGAAGAGACAGACCGUGUGCCCAGACCCAGUGGAUAAGUACCUGGAAGAGACGUCGGUGCGUUAUGUGUCCCCCAGAAGAGGAGGAGAGGGCAGGGAGGCUGCACCCCACAGAAGGACAGGUCCCCAGCCUGUGAUCUGCUGUUCUCCAUCGGGGACCCAGGUGGGCCCUUCCCGCACCAAGCCAGGCCCCCCAUUACCCAGCCGCAAAAGAAAGAGGGCCUACGCCACAGGAGACUGCAGGGAAAAGCAAACCUGUGACAUCCGCCUACGAGUGCGCGCUGAGUACUGCCAACAUGAAUCAGCUCUUCUGGGAAACGUUUUCUCCAACAAGCAGGAGGCUCUGGAGAGGCAGUUUGAGAGGUUCAACCAGGCAAACACUAUCCUCAAGUCCCGGGACCUGGGCUCCAUCAUCUGCGACAUCAAGUUCUCAGAGCUCACCUACCUAGAUGCUUUUUGGCGGGACUACAUCAACGGCUCCCUGCUGGAGGCCCUGAAGGGCGUCUUCAUCACAGACUCACUCAAACAGGCGGUGGGCCAUGAGGCCAUCAAACUCCUGGUCAAUGUGGAUGAGGAGGACUAUCAGGCUGGCCGCCGCAAGCUGCUCCGGAACCUGGUCACAGGAGUGGGGGCAGGGUCUGCAGCUGAAGCCGCAGCCGCACUUGGAGGGAGCAGAGAGACUCCAUCCUAGAAACGCAUGCGUCUGCUGCUUUUAGCAGAGGGGGAACCCGUGUCCCAAAUAAGAGAACUUGACUUCAUGGUGAGGACAGGAGCAACAAAAGUGAAAAGGCUGUUCUGUUUCAGGAAGAAGUGUGAGGGAGAAUGCUGGGUGCCCUGCCCUUUCAUCUAUGAAGGGAAUGUGAAAUAAAAGUGAGCCAAAGCAAGUGAGUCAGCAGAUGUGGAACACAGACUGAAGAGAAGUGUUUUGAAAGUUGAAGGGUUUUGUUCUUUCUGCUGGAAGGACAAUGCUAAUAUUUUCUGCUGGAAGGACAAUGCUAAAAUGUUCUAUUUGUAACUUGUGAGUUGACUAUAAAAUCAGAUUUUACAUUUUC